AUGUUGAUCGACACGGGCGCGGAGAUCACAUUCAUCACUGCUUCUCUCGUGCAGCAACUCAAGGUUCACCGGGAAGCAUCGGUAACACCGAUCAUCGGGAUCGGCGGGACGCAUUCGGGCCACACGCGCGGGGUGGUUAGCGUAAAGCUUCGGUCUAUACACUCAUCGGACAUUGUCUCAAUAAAAGCUCACAUUUUGUCAAAGUUAAUGCCUACUCUCCCUUCAUUUACACCUCCUAACAUCUCACUUUCUCAUCUGCAAGGUCUUCCACUUGCAGACCCGGAAUUUCUCUUACCAGGGUCCAUCGAUUUAAUUCUCGGGGCUGACAUCUAUGGGCAACUCAUUCGGGAGCAGAUCAAGCGGGGGCCUCACGGCACACCGAUUGCACAGAAUACGGUUUUCGGGUGGAUCGUUCUCGGUCCUAUGGACUCUUCUCAACAGUCAGCCGGGUUGGUUCAUCACGCUGCAGUGGAUCACGGGUAUCAGGAGCUUCAGGAUCUCCUCACACAGUUUUGGGUACAGGAAGAAGUCUCGGGCUCGGGCGAAUCGCAUCUCACUCCUGACGAGCAGGAAUGUGAGACUCAUUUCUUGACGACACACAAACGGGACUCAGACGGGCGGUACGUCGUCAGAUUGCCGGUUCAAUCCGCAUCGGGGACAUUGGGCGGGUCCUUUCACACAGCUUCUUCUUGUCUCCAUCGACUACGGUGCAAACUCAAUCGGGAUUCAAGCUACAAGGGCCUCUACGACACGUUUCUCGGGGAAUACGAAUCAUUGGGGCACAUGACUCGAGUCUCGGGCAAUCACGCCCCGCUCGAGCCCAUUUACUACUUGCCGCACCACGGGGUGCUCACCACAAAGUUACGUGUUGUAUUCAACGGGUCGUGCAAUACAGAUUCGGGAAUUUCGCUUAACGACAUUCUGCACACGGGCGCGAAACUGCAGCGGGAUAUUUCGGACGUUCUCUUGUGGGUCAGACGACACCGUUUCGUCUUCGCGACCGACAUCGUUAAGAUGUUCCGGCAAAUUCGGGUUCACGAAAGUGAUUGGGACUUACAACGCAUUUUAUGGGUGGACGAGGGCGGGCGGGUCGUUCCAUUCCAUCUCACCACGGUCACUUACUGUACUCGGUCAGCACCAUUUCUCGCGGGACGGGCCCUGGAUCAACUGGUUACAGACGAGGGCGGGAAAUAUCCCGAAGCUGUCGCCCCUCUUACAAAGGGGCGAUAUGUGGACGAUAUUUACGGCGGUGCUGACCAGCUCGCAGAUCUCAUCACGCAAGCGGAGCAACUCAUGGGGAUUUGUACAACGGGCUGCUUUCCUCUGGCCAAGUGGCAGAGCAAUCAUCCGGAGCUUCUCACGGCGGUCGGGGCGACCGCAUCAACGGAAAACGCUCGGGUAUUUGAAGAAUGUGAGACAAAAGUCCUUGGUCUCGCAUGGCUUCCUCACACGGACGUGUUCAAAUUCACGGUUCACAAGUACACAGCCGGGGACGGGAUCACGAAACGCAUCAUUCUCUCGGAGAUCGCACAAUUCUAUGAUCCACUGGGUUUUCUCUCACCGGUAACAAUUCGAGCCAAAAUUCUCUUACAAAGGCUUUGGUUAGAAAAGUUAAAUUGGGACGACCUCGUGUCAACGGAAGUUCGCAACUCCUGGGUCGCGUUUCGGCAGGAACUAUCGCAUCUCGGGACGGUUUCGGUACCACGGUGGCUCAACAUCGCGACGGGUACAUCGGUCGAACUACACGGGUUUUCGGAUGCAUCUCAACUAGCAAUGGGCGCAGCUGUGUACGUUCGGGUUUCGGGCGCGGGUAAUCAAACAACGGUCUCACUAGUCUGCCCUAAGACUAAGGUCACACCGAUCAAACGGCUCACAAUUCCUCGGUUGGAGCUCGCAGCAGCGGUGCUGCUUGCUAAACUCACACACCACGUGCAAAACGUGCUGGGCCUUGAUGACUCACGGGUACACCUAUGGACGGACUCAAUGGUAACGCUCACUAGGGUCACUUCUCAUCCUUCACGGUGGAAGGAUUUUGUUCGGAAUCGAGUAUCACUGGCACAGGAGCUCGUGCCACGGGCCCAAUGGAGAUUCACACCGGGUCGCGACAAUCCAGCGGAUUGCGCAUCAUGGGGGCUAACCAUCUCACAACUCGCGCGACAUUCAUCAUGGUGGGACGGGCCUCACUGGUUAGCAAAAGACUCAUUCCAUUGGCCAACUCAACGCAUCGGGACGGGGGACGCAGCGGCGCUCAAAGAGCGGCCAGGUCUUACACUCUCACUCGCAACAUCACCCUCACCGGUUUACGAUCUCAUCUUGAAGUACUCAUCUCUCACAUGGUUGUUGCGAAUCACCUCAUGGCUCUUCAAGGUGAUUACAAACCUGAAAGGAGCGGGCGACGGUACAUCGGGUUCAGCCAACAUCACACCGGGAGACCUGGAGAACUCACGGCUUUAUUGGGUGAAAGCCAUUCAGGGAGCAUACUUCACUUCAGAGCUCAAAACACUUACAUCUGGCUACACUCUCCCGAAAUCGCAUCCGAUCACGCGAUUAACGGGCUUCAUAGAUCAUCAAGGCAUUCUCAGGGUGGGAGGACGGCUGAAGCACUCAGCCUUACAACCUGAUAACAAACACUCAGUCAUUCUCCCUCGGGACUCACCACUUACAGCACUUCUCAUCGCUGAUGCCCACGAGCGCACUCUUCACGGCGGGACUCAACUCACUCUGGCUUAUCUACGGCAGAGCUGCUGGAUCAUCGGCGGGCGUGGGCCAGUACGCUCAUACAUUUUGCGUUGCGUGCGGUGCGCGCGCUUCCGGGCGCUCAAGGCCCAGCAACUAAUGGGUCAGUUGCCAAUCUCACGGGUUACGCCGGCAAGGCCGUUUCUCUUCUCGGGGGUCGACUACGCGGGGCCAGUUUCACUCAAAAGCUGGCGCGGGCGCGGGAGCAAAUGUCACAAAGGCUGGUUGUGCAUUUUCGUUUGUUUCGCUACCUCCGCUAUGCACCUUGAAGUUGUUACAGAUUUAACCACGGACGGGUUCCUCGCAGCACUCAGGACGGGUGCAGCAGCGGAGCUACGACAAUUAUUCAACACGGGUACACGGGAAUCCGAACUCAUUCAGCACACUGGGGCAACUGACGGGAUUAAAUGGGUGUUCAACCCAGCGGGGGCACCUCAUAUGGGCGGAAAAUGGGAGGCCGCAGUAAAAUCGGUCAAGUAUCAUCUCCGGCGGACGAUUGGGGAUGCCAGUCUCACGUUUGAAGAAUUUACGACUCUUCUCACACAAAUUGAGGGCAUACUCAACUCGCGGCCGUUGGAGCCUCUGUCGGAUGACCCGGAUGAUUAUUCGGUUCUCACCCCUGGGCAUUUUCUCAUCGGGGACACACUCACCUCCAUUCCUGAGCCCUCAUUACGGGAUGUGCCUCAAGGUCGCCUCACACGGUGGCAAUGGCUCCAGGAACGGGUUCAAUACUACUGGGAGCAUUGGUCAUCGGGAUACCUGCAACGGCAGCAGGCUAUAUCAAAAUGGCAUCAUCCGAGUCACGACAUCCGGGUCGGGUCUAUGGUUCUACUCAUGAACGAAAACACGUCACACGUCACUCGCGCUCCGCCGCUGGCGUCGCCAGUUCGCGGGUUCGGACAUUUUGGGCGCGUGCAAUUAGAGCAGUCGGGUGGUCGUUUCACGUGCUCACGGGGGGCGUCGCCACCUCCUGGGCAGUAA